AUGUCAUUUUUUGGAAAAUAUCCUACCAGCCCUAAAAAAAGGAGUAACAACUUUUCCACAUUAUAGGUGAGUUACCAAAAGAUUACGCUGAUUAAAUACUUUAGAAUGACAUUACAUUAAUGAUGAGUAAAUAUACCGACAGUAUUGCAUUAAAUAAUCUUAUUUAAUUAUAUAUGGUACUUAUAACUUUUUAUAUAUAUAUAAGAAAGGAAUUGAAUAUUAUGAAGCAUAAAAAGAUAAACAAAGUGAAUAUUUUAAAAGUAAAUUAAAUUGGAUAAUGAGUCAUCCUUCUAUUAUAUCACCUAAAAAAAAAGAAGAAGAAACUAUACCAAAAUCAUCUAUAAAAAAACUAGAUUUUAAAGUGCAUACCAUUAUUGAUACUUCAUAACAUUAUGAUCAUAAUAUUCAAUAAUUUGAAAUUCCUUAAGAAAAGUAAGUUGUUUAAAAAAAUAACUUAAUAACAAUUUAAACUAAUGAUGUUAAAACAAUGAUUGAUAAUUUAAAAAAAGAAACAAAUAAAAUUAAUGAAGUAAUAAGUCAAUUACACUAGAUAAUAUAAAAUGACCUCAAUUCUCAAAAAACUAAAAUUGCUAAUAGAAUUCAUAAAAGAAGCAAAAGCUUUGUAAAUAAAAAUAAAUUUGAAUAAGAGGAAUGCAUAGAAUGA